AUGAUUUCCCAACACACAAACCAACCUACGCUCCUUACUCUUCAUGAUGCAAUUACCGACUCGCCUGUUUAUCGCACAAAUGUACACCAUUAUGAUGAACAACUUGAUCAUUUAGAGAAAUGGCUCGAUUCUCUUUCACGCCAUUUAAAACUUUAUACCGAAAAAAUUAACAAGCUAAACCUCGAGACCGACAUAGUUUGUCAACGUGUUGUGCCCGUUGGUAUCGAAAGUGCCCUAAUAGACCCUGAUGUGACUAUGCCUAUUUUGAAGACUUUUGCCAAUGCACUUAAGGCUGGAUUAUCAUUCAAGUCAAAACUUGUAUCUGACCUCGAGGAAAAUCUUGUCCAGCCUUUGCAACAAUUUAUGAAAACGCAUUUAAAGGACUUCAAGGCCUUUAGAAAGCAGCAUGAAAAGGCUCUCGAACAAUACGAGAUCCAGCUCUCUCGACACGCUACCCAAGGAAAAAAUAAAGAGCCAUCAGCACUCCGUGAAGAAGCCUUUCGGUUGUACGAAGCCCGUAAGGCGUAUAUCCACAUGUCUGGCGAGCAUGUGGUUCGGAUAAUUAAAUUCCGGUCACUGCUGGAACACUGCUUGGUUGAACGUUUUUCCGCUGCCACAACAGCUCACAAGGAAUUUGAUGUUGACCGUCAGAUGUGGGAUAACUUAGACACAAUACUUGUUUCAUGGCGACAGUGGCUUGUAGACGAUAAGAGAACGUGUAUUUACCAGCUAAAGAAGCAUGAGCUGGCAAGAGAGAAACUUGAAAUGGAAUACCUCAGUGAAAUCGAACCUUUUCGCCAGCUUGAAUAUUAUGGAGAUUCUGAAGUUACAUUGGCUACACAGGAGAAGCACGCUACACAGGCUCCUCCGAGCCUCAGCGACGAUCACCAAUCUAGCUCCAAGUGGGGCUACCUAUUUGUACGCAGUUCUACUCACAGCACCUGGACACGCAAAUGGUUCUUCUUACACAAUGGAUACAUUGGAUUCUGCUCGACGUCCAUCAAGAACAAGGAGGGCAAUACAGUUACUUUGGAUGAACGAAUUCCUGUAUUAAUGUGCACGAUACAACCUCUUAAAGAUGCAGAUCGCCGUUUCUGUUUUGAGAUCAGCUGUCAAAAGUAUGGAAGUAUAAAAACAAGUACUCAUACUGGUCUUCACAUCAUUAUGGCUAACACAGUUUUUUUUUCUUUAAAAAAAAGGAUUACGUAUAUUGCCCAGGCUGAAAGGAAACAAGAUGUGCAAAGUUGGAUUGAUGCCUUUGAAACCAGUAGGUCGGUACUUAUACGAAGAAACUCUAUCCCUCCUCGUCGAGCUUCUUCAGAUGGAAGUCAUCGCUCUAUUACAAGUCAAAGCGACUCCGAUUCAAUGCCUUCUCGAUCGCCUGGAGUUGUGAGUGCAAAGUCCCGAUCUACCACUGAAGUGACAACACCCAUCGACAUUCCUGCCAUUUUGAGUACCACUCCUACAAGCCCUCUGUCUAGUAUUCCGGGAUUCACACACAUCCAAGGAAUACAGUCCAUCUCACCUUUCAACAGUAUUCUGAAGAGCCCAAAGAAAAUGAGCUUGGAUAAAAUUGGCACUUCCAAUGUCUCUCUUGUCAUGUUAUCGACCUCAUUUGAAUUUGAAUACAUCUCUCUUUCAGAAUCCAUAUCAUUAACUCCUCUUCUAGUCUGGGGUGCUGCUUCUUCACAAAUCAGAAUGACAAAUUCACUCACAAAUCAGCUUUUUCCACUGUGGGGUAUUCCAUGGACAAUUGCAUUUAUGACUGUUCAGUUCUUAUCUAAUACUGACACAUCUUCGGCUCCAUCAUCAAAAUUGCUUACAGAAAAGGAAGUGAUUUGGCCAAUUAGACCAAAAGAUGUUGUUGAGACUAGAAAGGUAAAUAUUGUUGACUAUGCUCCUCAAUUGGAAGUACACAAUCAAGGUUUGAGAAGCCUUUUUAGUGGUGUGGCAGAAUCAGAAGUGGUUUUGGAUGUAUUUGUCUGUUCUUUAAGAAAAAAGCCUACAGAGAGCGACUUUAAAUCUCCCACAAGUCCUACCUCACCGGUGGUUAAUAGUCUUCUUUCACAAAUUACGACUGCGUACCAAUCGUCCUCCUCAGAACUCGGGUUUGCUUAUACUGGACGUGCAUUUGUUACUCAAGAAACCUUUUGGUUUUACAGUACUAUACUAAUGACCUGUAUACAUACAGUUGCAGUCCGCUUACAAGACAUCAAAGAAGUUCGGGUCGUCAAGGAUUUAGUUUUAUCUUCUGAAGAAGAUAAUCAAAACGGAUUCUCGUGUUGUGCAUUGGUUAUUGAACUUGUUGAUGAAACUAAAGGUCCUGUAACAUUUAGUUCAAUUGUGAGUGACAUUGAUUCUAUUGCGAAUAAAUUGAGAUUUAUGGUGUCCAAUGCAAAGGCCAAGUCUACUGAUCUCAACAAACUUUACCAAGAAAUUCAAAGGAUUUCAGAGACAAACUCUGGAAAGGUCUUUCAAGAAAAUAUGGUAUCCUCUGAUCGUUCAACAUACAACAUAUUCGGGGCGGAAACUACAAGCUUACCAGCACCGAUUGCCGCUUCAGAAUCGAAGAGCAGAACCGGAAAUAUUCGCAAUGGGAUUAAUAGUCUUCGAAGCAAACAAAGUGAGGCUCUAGGUACAACCCUUUCGCUGACCAAGAAAGUCUUGAAGAGGGAUCGAUCGACAAAGGCUCCAAACACACUUACAGUAGAAACCAAAAAGCCAAUACCUCCCCCAGUUGAUCCUGAUGCGUUACCCCCAUCUAUUAAAACACCUACAAGUCCUUGCUCUUGCGAAUGCUCCGAUCAUCUUGAUCGCCUUGAAUCUGAGUGCGAGUUCCCGAUUUCUGCCAAGCGGUUAUUCGAACUUAUGUUUUCUGACAAGUACAACGGUGCUCCAACAGAUGGCGGUGUUUGGAAAGCAAAGAAUGAAUCUGUGGAUGGCCAUGAUCUACGCGUGACAAAUUGGGGACAAGAAGACGACAAGACGACGAGAACAUUGAAAUAUAUCAUGCCUGUAACAAACCCGAUCGUCAGACUAAAGGAGGCAGAGGUCGUCGAGAACCAGGUCAUCAUCAAGCAGGAUCCUUAUUUGUGUUAUGUAGUCCAGAUAUCCACAAAGACAGCAGCAUUACCUUAUGCGGAUGCAUUCAUUCCUUCAGUGCGUUACUGUAUUACUUGGGUUGGACCAUCCAAAUGUAAACUUGCAUGUUAUAUGGGUGUCGCGUGGGUUAAGAGCGUUAUGCUUAGAAGCGUUAUUACCCGUGCUGCUCUCAAAGCUAUGGGAGAAAGUGUGUGUCUAUUCGUGGAUAUUUUGCGGGAGGAAGCAGAUAAAGUUGCUGAGCGAGUCGACGAGGAACGUCGAGUGAUAUUUAGCGGGAAUGUUGACUGUGCCCCGGUAGAGGAUGUUGAUGAAGCUGACGACAGCCAAGGAUUAGAGGAGUCUGUCGAAAAUGAAGAUAGAAAAGAUUUUUCAAAUUUCUCUUAUACAAGUGGUAUUUCCAAGACAGAUUUCCACACAAACUACACAGACGACGAAGAAAACGAGGACCCGCCUAGACAAUCAACAGAAAACAGACGGAUCGAUGAUCACCAAACUCAUUCUAACAUGGUAACUUCUUCCGGUUGCACAUCCUCUCCUGCACUCCCACCGCCACGCAACUCUAUUUUGGUCUCCAGGUCUACUGUAGAAAAGCCAAAAACCAAAUCAUCUGUUAAAUUACGGCGCAAGGCAAAGAAAGACGAAUUUACAGCAGGCUGGGGAUCUAAAGUACCUUUGCUUUCAAUGGUAGCACUCGUGUCUGGGGCUCUAUUAUUGUGGAUCUGGCUUAGUCGAAUUAGAGCAAAUGUACAGCCGGAAGUUAUAGAAGUUGGGACGAAUAACUCAAUGAAAACAAACAAUCGAAGUAUAAGAGUUAUUUCAAAGGCUGUGUAUUUAAAGGACCUUGAGACUGGCGUUUUGGAAAAUCACAUGUUACCCCCUUAUUCAAAGGCUGAAAGCUUCCAAAAAUUCCUCAAACAAAAACGCACAGAUGAUAUAUCUACUGUGCAGCAUCAGUGGUUUUCCGGAAAGAACUAUAAGAUGGCAAUUGAACUGGACUCUAGCCGCGAACGUAUUGCUGUAAUGAGACAUGAUGUACUUACCAUUUUUAGAAUGCUCAACAAGGUCGAUACCCAACUCCUUGAGAAUGAGUAUAUGAACUGGCUAAUGGAUAAUCGGCAGAAAUGUAAAAAACAGUCUUCUAAUGCCUAUGAUCUUGUCCAGUGCGAUCAUAUCGACGCACAACUCCUUGAAUUCAACGAAUAA